GUGCAAGAUGUCGCUGCGGCCGAGGAAAGGAGAAUAUUCACAUCUAUCUGAAAGAAGAAUUCAAUUAAAAUAACGAAGAUUCUGAGCAUGAAGAAAAAUAAGAUGCUGAUGCAAUUAAAAGGCCUGGGUCUAAAUAGAAGAUCAUGGGCAUCCAACAUGACCAACUCUCCCACAUUAAUCAUAAUGGUGGGACUGCCUGCUCGAGGGAAGACCUAUGUUUCCAAGAAACUCACACGCUACCUCAACUGGAUUGGCGUUCCCACUAGAGUUUUUAAUCUGGGUCAAUAUCGCCGUGAAGCUGUGAAGACUUACAAGUCAUAUGAAUUUUUCCGUCAUGAUAACGAAGAAGCCAUGAAAAUCAGAAAAGAAUGUGCCAUGGCAGCAUUGAAAGAUGUGAAAACCUACCUCACAGAUGAGCAUGGUCAGAUCGCAGUUUUUGAUGCAACCAACACAACCAGGGAGAGGAGGGAUUUAAUCCUGAAUUUUGCACGGGAUAAUACGUUUAAGGUGUUUUUUGUUGAAUCUGUCUGUGAUGAUCCAGAGGUCAUUGCUGCAAAUAUUAAGGAGGUGAAGGUUUCAAGCCCAGACUAUGCAGAGGUUGCAGAAGACCGGAUAAUGGAUGAUUUCCUCAAACGCAUUGAAUGUUACAAAGUUACCUAUGAACCGUUGGAUCCUGAUGAUUAUGACAAAGACUUGUCCUUCAUUAAGGUAAUUAAUGUUGGUCGAAGAUUUCUCGUGAACAAAGUCCAGGAUUACAUUCAGAGUAAAAUAGUGUAUUACUUGAUGAACAUCCACGUCCAUCCACGUACUAUCUACUUGAGUCGGCACGGAGAGAGCGAAUACAACAGUCUUGGGAGGCUUGGCGGUGACUCGGGCUUAUCUCAUCGAGGGAAGCAGUAUGCAGAAGCUUUGCGUCAAUUUGUUGAGGAGCAGAGAAUCCCAGACCUGAAGGUUUGGACUAGUCAGCUCAAGCGAACAAUCCAAACUGCAGAGGCUCUAGGUGUUCCGUACGAACAAUGGAAAAUCCUCAAUGAGAUUGACGCAGGUGUUUGUGAAGAGUUGACGUACAGUGAAAUUCAGGACAAGUAUCCAGAUGAAUUUGCACUACGAGACCAGGACAAGUACCAUUACCGUUACCCAGGAGGAGAGUCCUACCAAGAUUUGGUUCAACGAGUGGAACCUGUCAUCAUGGAAUUAGAGAGACAAGGGAAUGUUCUUGUAAUUGCACACCAGGCUGUCAUGAGGUGCCUCAUCGCUUAUUUUAUGAAUAAAGGAGCAGAUGAACUGCCAUACUUGAAAUGUCCUCUGCACACAGUCCUGAAACUAACACCUGUUGCCUAUGGUUGUAAAAUGGAAUCAAUCUACCUGAAUGUCGAAGCAGUAAACACACACCGUGACCGGCCGCUGAAUGUUUCACUAACUCGCACACGAGAGGAGGCGCUGAGCACGGUUCCCCAUCAUAAGUAAUUGGGAUCUGUUCCAUAAAUGUCUGGUGUCAAAUCAUGUCGAAUUGAGUCCAGUGAAACUGCUAAACUCAUGUUUUAAAGGACACGAUUACACUCCACAGGGUAGUAAAGUAAUCUGAGAGUUGUUUCGGGCAUAUUUUGGUCAUGUGCAAAUAUUUGACAUCUUUUGAGCUUGUGAUGUGAAGAAAAAUAACAAGUGGUUCCUGUGGUUGAGUUAAAUCAGAUGUUGUCAGCAGGCUGCCCUUUGGAAGAGCAGUUUCAAAGCCUCUGAUCAUUUUACCUUUCUGUCCGCUGGCAAUGCAGUGAACACUGCCUUAUGAAACAUGAAAAACCAUUUUCACUGCUGGGUUGGUCCUUAACUUGUAAACAGAGCUAGAAUUUGUUUGUCUUAAUAAUCAAGAAAACAGUCCUGGAGUCGUACACAAAAACAUUUUAUUUUUUAUGCAGAGAAAACAGUUGGUAAUAUAUUUUGUGAUAACAAUCAUUUAUUUUGCUUUAAGAUUACAGCUUUUAAAUUCGGAUAAGGUGCACAAACAACUGGCCAAUCAUAUUUGCUCAUGGAUCCAUAAUAGAAUAAGCUAGCCACACGUGGCUGAGGAUCUCAGGGAAUAAACGUGGGGAUAAACCUGGAUUAGUAAAAGCGUGCAGUAUUGUGUGACUUUGAGUGCACGCACUAUUGUCCGUCUCACUGAUUGUAAUUUUAUUAUAGAAGUCCAAUAUAAUGCUUUUCUCUUGUUUUUUUAAAAGCAAAAAUAUCUAAUCUUUUUCAAACAAAACCAUAAAAGCACUCCUGAACUGAAACUAAAAUUAAAAAAAUUCAAAUCACUAGUCUAGCCGUAAAAAUAUUUUUGUGCUUCUCCUUUAUUUGAUGGUAUUUCCAUUCAUCACAUUGGUAAAGUAUUUAUUUUCUGCAUUAUUUUUGACAGAAUUUAAAAAGUAUUAUUAACCUUUAUUUAUAUUUUAUAUCUUUUUAAUUUGUGUGGGGAACCAUGAGCUAGAUUGUUGCACCAGAGAAUGAUCUUGUGUUUAAAUACAUUGUGUAUUUUCGUACAUUCUUUUAAAACUCUCCCAAGAUUCAUGAUUGGCUCUGUUCACGUUGUUUUGUUCUGGAGUGAGUAUGAAACAGCUAUGGAAAAUGCAACCCCACAGAUAAUUAAGAUUGCUGUACGUUAAAUGAGUAAGUCCACAACCAGAGUUUAAACACAGGUAACACUUGAACAAUAAUUUUAGAAGUUUUACUGGGGCUCCCUAGUUUAGUUUCAGAAAUGUUGCUGUCCUUUCGCCCAAAGUAAAAGGAUUUGGGAAGCAAGUUUUUUUACACAAAGGGAGGCAGGUGCCUAGAACACGCUGCUAGGAGAGGUAGAAGCAGAUGUGCCAGCAACGCUUAAGAAGCAUUUAGACACAUGAACAGGCAGGACCGUGUGCAGGCAGAUGGGAGUUAGUUUAAUUUGGUAUCAUGAUGGGCUGAAGGACCUGUUCUUGUGCUGUACUGUUCUAUAUUCUAACUGCAGUCUAAGAGGCCUUAAUCUCAUUUUGCUGUUGAUGGUAUAAGUUAUAUUUUAUAAUGACAAUCAAUGUAAGUGAUAUUUUUGCAGAAAUUACAGUGCUGUAUUGAAGUGCUUUGUUUUUUUCACAUUGUAUUUGUUUUGUUUUGCCUUUUGCAAUGGUACUUACAGUCUGUCUCGAGCACACAGGGAGGUAGUGAUCUGCAGCAGGGAAACUGCCCUCAUGUGGAAGGUGCCACAGACCUGUAGGUUUAGACAAAGUAGAUGUGGCCAUGAAUUUUGAUUGUUCUAAAGGUUCUCAUCAUAGCAUUAAGGAAAUUCAAGGAAUCGUUGAACUGCUGAACAUGUAGUGGUGGGUCUGUUAACUGGAAACCAGUAAUUGCUUGUUACUUAAGCAACUCUCGAUGAAGUCCGGAAGAUUAAUUAAAUACUGAAUAGGGAUUAGUCUUGAAUUAUGUUCCUAAUUUAAGUAGAAUUUAAGACCUGAUUUGUGCCAAGGUUAAACCUGUAAAUUUCCGACAUCUGAGGGGCUGGAUUUAGCUGUCCUUUAUUUUCUUUCGAAAAGGGAGGUUCUUUUAAUUCAGCAGCAAUGCUAAGGCUCAAUAGAUCUGUGGGUCAGAACUGUGCAAGUGUCAGUCGUAAAGAUACAACGUUCUCUGCUGCUCUGUAUGCUGGAUUUGGAGCACUCAUUGCCACAAAAGCCAUUUCAUAAAACUUGCUCUCACCACAUACUGAUCAGCAAAUCUUUUCCCAUGGGAAUUUGGUGGGGGGGGGGGGGGUAUGAAAUGAGGUCAGCUGUACAAGGAAUCACCUGCAACAUUAUGUGUCCUGUCACUGAGUUGCAGGUGAGCUUGAUGCAUUGAGUUUGUGUGACUGUGGGCUCCCUCCUGCACUAGUUAUUUAACUCUGUUUCUUUCCAAAGUCUGAUUUUUGAGAGAGUGCACUCCACUUGUACACACAUCACUACAACUUGUUUUUACUGAGUUUUAACUGUACACUGUGACAUUAGUAAUGAAUGUUAACUUAUCAUGUGGCACUUUAUCAGCAGUUGGUUAAAAGUUUUGUGAAGUGAUGUUACAAAUUUCAUUGUGCUGCUUUUACAAUUUGUUCUUCUAAAUUUUUCUUCAGUAUAGUUGAUAAAAAUGAACAAAAUACUGACUUUCUGUGAGGGAGUGAAAGUUAAAGUGAGUUAGUUUGUGUUAAUCAGAGAUUGGGUCUGUUAAAUCUCAAGUUUAUUAUCCCCAAACCUCAAUGAAAAUAGUAAGGAGUUCACGACAGCCGGACUUGCUUCAGAGUUUGGUUGACCCUCCCGGCGCAGUGAUUGGGUUACUGGCCCGGGAGCCGGGGUUACCGGGGCCAGAAUUACCAGCCCGGGAGCUGGAGUUUUGUACCAAUGAUCCAGGGACACGAGGUCAAACCCACGCCAGGGCUGGUGGGAAAUCUAAAUUCUUGUAAAAGUUACAGUCUCGGAAUAAGGACCGAGAUGAGAAACUCUUCAUGCAGAGGAUGGAGAAAUCAUUGGAAUUCUCUCUCCUGGAGAGCUGUGGAGGCUCAGUCACUGAAUUUCAAAGCAGGUCAACAGAAUACUGGAUAUUAAGGGAAUCAAGGGAUUUGGGCACAGGACAGGGAAAUGGAGCUGAGGUAGGUGAAUGGUGGAGCAGUCUCGAAGGAUAGAGGGACAUUCCUGAUCCUGAUUUGUAUGUUUUUAAUUAAAUGCAGUCUCAGUCAAAGUAACCAUGCAAUCAGCAUCUUAUCCUAAAACUCAUUUGGUUCACUAAUUUCCUUCAGCAGAUGAAAUCUGCCGUCUUUGUUCAAGUCUGCCAGUAAGGUUGACCCUUAUCAGCCUUCCUGUUUUCAAGGUGAAAUUUUAUUUAUUUAUUGUUCCUUACCAAGCUAAUCUGGUCAAACAGAUUAUGCCAUUUGCUGUUGUAGUUCUUGUGAAAUACUUGAUCAUCAUCCGGUAGUGUAACGUAUGUGCAAAACUCUCAAAUGCCUUGUUUAUAGACCUGAGAGAUGGGGAGUGUCUAACGUCCAAACGCACAGUGUACAGACUCCCAAAGUAAUGUACAAAUUACUGUAAAAGUUGUAAGUUUAAUAUUGUGACAUGUAUAAAUGUAACAGUGCAAAAUACAACUGUGUAGUUUUAAAUGGCUGCGUUUCAGGACUUUGAAUUGUGUUAAAUGAUAUUAUCGUCCAGUAAAGUGAAUUAAUUUCAAUAAUAAAAUCUCAAACUGGAGAAAUAAUGUUUUCUAUGUUACACAAACAAGUGAAAAAAGAUAAUGUACAGAAUUCAUUCAUUCUAAACACUAUUUGGUUGAACAUUUUGCCUUUAUACCUUUGUAUAACAGUAAGGAUUGUGGGCUGUUGGUGAUUCUGGUAUUUGGACAGAUAUAAUUGUACUUUAUAGUCACUGUAAUAUUGCCUCAUUUUUGUGUCUAAAUCACAAAGGGAACAUGUAAUCACAUGAAAAAAAUUAAAUGCUCUGUGUUA